ACACUAUCCCUGGAUUAGGUCAAUUGAAGCUCAAACACCAAACACCCCCUUUCGUCAUCAUCAAUACGCUAAACCUUCUUCUGAAUCAAAACACUAAACCCUAUCCAAACCCUAUCCCUCUCUCUCAGAUUCAUUCCCAUCAUGGCUCUCUCCAAAGCCACCUUCUUGACACACCUCAGAGCCCUCUCCAACCCUCGCCGCCGCCAUCCUUCCUCCGUCUCCCUCCGCCUCAUUUCAUUCUCCUCCCCGGAGGAGGCCGCCGCGGAGCGCCGCCGCCGCAAGCGCCAGCUCCGCAUGGAACCUCCCCUCUCCGCCCUAAACCGUACCCAAACCGCGCCGAAGCCCCAAUCCUCACCCUACUACCUAAACCCUAACAACCCUAAACUCCCGGAACACGUGUCCUCCCUCACCGGCAACCGGCUGAACCUGCACAACCGAAUCCUAACCCUAAUCCGCGAAAACGACCUCGACGAGGCGGCGCUGUACACGCGCCACUCGAUCUACUCCAACUGCCGCCCCACCAUCUUCACGAUCAACGCCGUCCUCGCCGCCCUCCUCCGCCAGUCCCGCUACUCCGACUUCCUCUCCCUCCAUCGCUUCAUCACGCAGGCCGGCGUGGUCCCCAACAUCAUCACACACAACCUCGUAUUCCAGACCUACCUCGAUUGCCGCAAACCCGACACGGCCCUCGAACACUACAAACAGUUCCUCAACGACGCUCCCAUGAACCCUUCCCCCACCACCUACCGUGUCCUCAUCAAAGGGUUAAUCGAUAACAACAAACUCGAACGUGCAUUGGAAAUUAAAACAGAAAUGGAUUCCAGAGGGUUUUCCCCUGAUCCUCUUGUUUACCAUUACUUGAUGUUGGGGCACACUAGGGUUUCCGAUGGGGAUGGCGUUUUGAGGCUUUAUGAGGAGCUGAGAGAGAGGUUGGGUGGGGUUGUGGAAGAUGGGGUUGUGUUUGGGUGUUUGAUGAAGGGGUAUUUUCUUAAGGGGAUGGAGAAGGAGGCUAUGGAGUGUUACGAGGAGGUGUUGGGGAAGAAGAAGAUGAGUGCUGUUGGGUAUAAUUCGGUGCUCGAUGCGCUUUCUAAGAAUGGGAGGCUUGACGAGGCGUUGAGGCUUUUCGAUAGGAUGAUGAAGGAGUACGAGCCUCCAAAGAGGUUGAGUGUGAAUUUGGGGAGCUUUAAUGUGAUUGUGGAUGGGUAUUGUGGGGAAGGGAGGUUUGAGGAGGCUAUGGAGGUUUUUAGGAAAAUUGGGGAGUAUCGAGGUUGUAGCCCCGAUACGUUGUCGUUUAAUAACUUGAUUGAGAGGUUGUGUGACAAUGGGAGGAUUGUGGAGGCUGAGGAGGUUUAUGGAGAGAUGGAGGGGAAAGGGGUGAGUCCUGAUGAGUUUACUUAUGGGUUGUUGAUGGAUGCUUGUUUUAGAGAGAAUAGAGCUGAUGACUCGGCUGCAUAUUUUAGGAAAAUGGUGGACUCUGGGUUGAGGCCUAACUUGGCUGUUUACAAUAGGUUGGUUGAUGGGUUGGUUAAGGUUGGGAAGAUUGAUGAGGCCAAGGGUUUCUUUGAGUUGAUGGUGAAGAAGCUCAAGAUGGAUGUUGCUAGCUACCAGUUUAUGAUGAAGGUGCUGAGUGAUGAGGGGCGAUUGGAUGAGAUGCUUCAGAUUGUUGAUACGUUGUUGGAUGACAAUGGGGUUGAUUUUGAUGAGGAGUUCCAGGAGUUUGUUAAGGGGGAGUUGAGGAAAGAAGGGAGAGAAGAGGAGUUGACCAAACUGAUAGAGGAGAAAGAAAGGCUAAAAGCUGAAGCUAAGGCGAAGGAUAUCGAGGCAGCUGAAGCUGCCAAAAGAAGUGCAAGAGCAGCAGUAGCUUCUUUGCUUCCAUCCAAGUUGUUUGGGAACAAGGAAACGGAUUCCGAAUCUAAAACAGAGGGUGAAAUUCAAGCUCUCGGUGAAGAAAGCGCUAAUGCCACUGCUUCUGAGGCAGAGUUGGCAGAGAAAACGACUGAAACUGAGGGUGAUAGAGCAAGUGAACAGUUAACAGGUUGAAGUUGUUGCAACUUCUUGGUGCUUAGAUGGGGAAAUAUAAUAAUAACUUAAUGAUGCGUGGAUGAGGAGUGCCUUAUUAUUGUGGUGUUGGUCUAAACCUUCUUGAAACCCCCAUUACUGGAGCAACAAGAUCAGCCACUGGAACUAUAGCAUGCUUUAUUUCUAAAAGGAAUAGUGUUUCUCUGGGAGUUAUGAUGGAAUUUCUUCUUAACUUGCAAGUGAAGCAAUAUUGACAUUGGGGUAGAUGACAGGUCAGAAGAAAGAUGAAGCAACUUAUUGUGUUUUGUACACAGAUGAGUUGUGAACAACAUUGUGGUGCGUAAAAAGCAUAUAGUUUAAUUGGUUGAGUAGAGGGUAUGAGUUAUGGUAAACCCUUAGUUCAGUUUUAUGGAUAAAAAAAAACAUAUGGGUUUAUUUAAAAAAAAAGGUAUAAAGUUAUUUGUAAUAAAAUGUUAGAAAAUAAUCUAUUACUUUUAAUCAUACCAUCUAAAUUUAAGUGAAUAGAUAAUGAAAUACAAUAAAAUAAAAUGCAGCUAUAUGGGAAACGA